UGUUAGACAGAACCCUUGAAGAAUGAGCUGCAUCAUCAUCAAGCCUCAUUUCUUCCAAAUUUUCCUCUUCUUCGGCUCUUUAGCCCUGUUUGUUACAAACUUUGCCGUAGCUUUUGACGUCCUAACUUCAACAGAGCCCCUUACCAAAGACCAAACGUUAGUUUCAUCCGGUGAAAAUUUUGAAUUAGGCUUCUUCAGACCUGGAGAUUCAAACAAAUGGUAUGUUGGAAUAUGGUACAAGAAGAUACUAACAGGCAAGACCAUUGUUUGGGUAGCAAACAGAGACAAUCCUCUGACAAACUCAUCUGGGCUGUUGAAGAUUGGUGAUGAUGGCAACAUCCAAAUUCUUGAUCAAGCUGCAAAUACAAUAUGGUCCUCAAAUCUAUCCAGGGUAGGCAACACUGUAGCACAGCUGCUAGACUCUGGAAAUUUCAUACUACGUUACACAGACGACGCUGAUCCUGAAAAUUAUCUCUGGCAAAGCUUUGAUCACCCCACUGAUACAUUGUUACCUGGGAUGAAGCUCGGGUGGGACGCGAAAACUGGCCUAAACAAAUACUUGACAUCAUGGAAAAAUGCCGAUAAUCCAUCUUCAGGUGACUACAGUUUUGUGCUUGAUAUUCAUGGGUUCCCCGAAUGUUUCUUGAUGAAUAAAGGCAACAAAUCGUACCGCAGCGGACCCUGGAAUGGCCUCAGAUUUAGCGGUGUCCCAGAAAUGAAGGCCAGUAGUCCUGUCAUGACCUUUUUAUUUGUGAACACUAAAGACGAGGUAUAUUACUCAUUCGAGUUGCAUAAUGCAUCAUUGUAUUCAAGAUUGGUUGUGUCUUAUAGUGGAAGUCUUCAGAGAUUUACUUGGAUAGACGAUAGCAAAAUAUGGAACCUUUUUUGGUACGCCAGAAAAGAUCAGUGCGACGCCUACAAAGAAUGUGGAAAUUAUGGUGUAUGUGACACAAAUGCUUCGCCAGUUUGCAAUUGUAUGCAGGGAUUUGAGCCCAGAAAUCCACAGGCUUGGAAUCUGAGAGAUGGAUCCGAUGGAUGUGUCAGGAAGCAUAAAUUGGAUUGUGGGAAUGACGGGUUUUUGUCACUGCAUAACAUGAAAUUGCCGGAGAGUUCUAGCACGCUUGUGGUCUCCGGCAUGAGUUUAGCCGACUGUGAAACGAUGUGCCGGAAAAAUUGUUCUUGUACGGCUUACGCUAAUUCGAAUCUUACAGCUGGUGGUUCUGGAUGUGCUAUUUGGGCCACGGACCUUCUUGAUAUGAGGCUGUAUGCGGCGGAUGAAGGUGGCCAAGAUCUGUAUGUUCGGGUGGCAGCUUCAGAUUUAGAUCAGGCUGGUAAUGUUGGCUCUGGAAAUGACUCUGACAAGAAAACUAGGAUCAUCAUUGUGACAGCCAUAGCAGCUGGUAUUCUUCUUAUGCUCUCAGUAAUAGGUAUAAUUUUUGUUUGGAAGAGGAAAUCGCAACAUGUCCAAAAGAGCAUUAUAGAUCAUAGAGGUUCACGCGAAAGAAGUCAAGAUCUUCUGUUGAAAGCAGCAGUUAUUCCCAGUAAAAGGGAUCAUUCUGGUGAAAGCACCACUGAGGAACUUGAGCUUCCAUUAUUUGAUUUUAGCACCAUAACAUUGGCUACAGACAACUUCUCUGAAAAGAAUAAGCUAGGACAAGGUGGAUUUGGCUGUGUUUAUAAGGGUAUGUUUGUUGAAGAUCAAGAAGUAGCAGUGAAAAGGCUCUCCAAGAACUCGGGGCAAGGAAUAGAAGAAUUCAAAAACGAAGUUAGAUUGAUCGCUAGACUUCAGCACAGAAAUUUAGUUCGCCUUUUAGGUUGUUGCAUCAACAUGGAAGAGAAGAUUCUCAUUUACGAAUAUAUGGAAAAUAAGAGCCUGGAUUCAAUCUUGUUUAAUAUAGAGAGAAGCUCGUUGCUCCAUUGGCAAAGGCGUUUCAACAUCAUUUGUGGGAUUGCUCGGGGGCUUCUUUACCUACACCAAGACUCACGGUUCAGAAUUAUUCAUAGAGACCUCAAAGCAAGCAAUAUUCUCCUUGACAAAGAAAUGAACCCCAAAAUUUCAGAUUUUGGCAUGGCAAGAAUUUUUGGAGGAGAUGAGACAGAAGCAAACACAAGAAGAGUAGUUGGAACAUACGGUUACAUGUCCCCAGAAUAUGCAAUGGAUGGCGUCUUCUCUAUUAAAUCUGACGUUUUCAGUUUUGGAGUUCUAGUCUUGGAGAUAGUGAGUGGUAAGAAGAACAGAGGAUUCUACCAUAUGAACAACCAACUCAAUCUUCUUGCACAUGCUUGGAAGCUGUGGAGGGAAGGCAGAGGAUUAGAACUAAUGGAUUCAGCAGCAGGUGAACUGUAUUCCACUGUUGACGUAAUGAGAUGCAUACAGGUGGGUCUACUUUGCGUGCAGGAGCAUGCAGAAGAUAGACCGAACAUGGGAACUGUGGUUCUGAUGUUAAGCAGUGAAAGUGCAUCACUGCCCCAGCCUAAACACCCCGGAUUUUGCCUUGGAAGAAGGCCCCAUGAUACAACUUCAUCUUCAAGUAGACAAGAUGAAUCUUGCACUGUAAACCAACUUACGGUAACUAUCCUUGAUGGCCGGUAGUUGAGGAAUGCCCUCCAGCAAAAGCAGAAUUGUAUAGGUCAUUGAAUUCGACAAGAAUUUUCUGUUUA